UAUGUAAACAAAGUAAACUCCUCUUUUUUUAUGAAAUUAGGUUUAUUGUUUGAUCAUUCUUUAAUUUAUUAAUCAAUAUAAAUAACAAAAUGGCGUUAACUGGUAAUAUUCCGGGUAAAGGAAAAUUAAUUGCAGUGAUCGGAGAUGAGGAUACUUGUGUUGGUUUUCUCCUUGGAGGAAUUGGUGAAGUUAAUCGUGCUAAGAAUCCAAACUUAAAUUUUUUGGUUGUAGAUCGGAACACAGUUACCUCGGAGAUUGAGGACACUUUCCGAGCUUUUCUAAAACGAGGGGAUAUCGAUAUUAUCUUAAUCAACCAAAAUAUAGCCGAAAGAGUUCGUCAUGUGAUUGAUGUUCAUAAAGAUCCUAUUCCUGCUGUUCUCGAAAUACCAUCUAAAGAUAAUCCUUAUGAUCCAUCUAAGGAUUCAAUAAUGAGAAGGGCAAGAGGAGUUCUUGGUGGUGAUUAGUCAACUAUCUAGUGAUUAUUUUGUGGUUAUUGUGUUUGUAUGUGUUUUAUCUGAGUUUACUUUUCACUUGCUAUGUUGAAAGUGCAAAAGCAUCUUUUCAAUAUUUUCCGAGUUAUCAUUACUCCAGAAAUCAUUCCUGUUCUGAUAUUUACGAGUGCAAAUGUCUUUAUUAGGACUAUGGUCAAAAUAAUCGAGAUUUUGGAUUCAAUUUCCAUCUUUCUUUUUUGAGUUUUUUAUUGAAAUAUUUACCCACGGUAUACCUAUUAAAUUUCAAUCUUGAAAUCCACUGC